UAUUUGUUUAUAUAUUUACUGUGCAGAUGUAGAUGCUCUAGGCUGUGCCAGUACAGAUCAAACGUUUAACUUUAUUCUGCUCUGUAGUCAAGUGUAGUUUAGUACCGAGGAUGUGAAAAUGUCUACCACGCAACAUUACCUUUGCCAUUCCUCUGUUACAUUGCUCUCAUCCUCAACCUUUGAUGUUGGAUAAGCAGUUCUUGCAAUCUCACUGCAAGCAGUAUUGAGAGAGUUAAAGGGAUAGUUCACCCAAAUAUAAUAAAAAAAUCAGUAAUCAUUUACUCAUCCUCAUGUUGUUUCAAACCUGUAUGACUUUUUUGUAUGACAGACUGAUAGUUAACAUUCACUUUCAUUGUAUGGGAAGAAGAUGCAAUGAAAGAAGGGCUGUCAGUUGAUUACAGUUUUUAAUAUACUUUUUACUGUAUUGUCCUCAGAUGUGGAAAUUUUCCUUUGGCUUCUCAUCACAAUACAAAAACACACAAUAAUCACACACAAGAUUUGCAUGAGACCAAAUUAAAAAUAAUACACUGUAAUGCACAAAAUCUCAUUCGUAAAUGAUCACAAUUGCAUAACAAAAUCAAAAUGGAACAAACAAUCAUUACACUCCUCCACUGAGCAGUCUAAUGGCCUUAGGUACAAAAGAAUUCGUAAAAAAAAAUUUUUAGAGCCCUGUAACGCCUUCCUGAUGGAAGCAUUACAAAUUCAGCAUGUAAUGGAUGUGUAUGUGAAUCGCGAUUAAUCGCGAUUAAUCGCAUAACGUUUCAUAGUUAAUUGCAAUUAAUCGCAGAUUUUAAAAGUGCUGAAAUUGUACUCUAUAUAUACUUCUUUUCCUGUCAAAUUGCAUUUACCUGUAUUUCAUUUUUAAGAAAGAAAACAAAACAAUAAACAAAACAAUAUGUAACAAUAACGCUUUAUUAACAUUUUCCAAAACAAAGCCUUCCACAGUAUAAAGAUAGAAAUGCACUAAAAUAACACCAAUUCAAGUAACUAUAAAUGUUUUGCUAAGUCUAAGUGGGAGGAUGACUAUUUAAAAGAAUUAGUCCCCAUAGGUUGCGUAUCCAUUGCAAAGCACAUUAAAUCUUUUAAACUCUCAUCCUCCACAAUAUUAAUCAGCUGGAAGACUGUGGCUAUCCGCUAUGCUACAGCAAUUGUGCAGCUGCAUUCACAAUUCGCAUCAGGGCAUCAACGCCAGUGUCAACCGCUGCUUUGAACUCCACAUAAUGUAAUGAAUUGUUUGAUUCAAUCAAUAAUAAGGCCAUUACCACUUGCCCGGUGUGCAAUGACUCGCAAAGGUUCCACCAUACUCCGACGAGUGUUUAUACUUGUUUAUGCUUUAUUACCGGUAAAUGCGUUUAUUUCGAUUAAGAAAAAUUAAUGUGUUAAAUUUUUUAAUUAAUAGCAUGCAUUAACGUGUUAACUUUGACAACUUUAAAUGAAAGUGAAUGGUAAGUGAGGCUUUCAGUCAAUAACCUUCUGCCUUUGUCUUCCAUGGAAGAAAGAAAGUCAUUUGGAACAAUAUGAGGGUUAGUAAAUGAUGACAGAAUUUUCAUUUUUGGGUGAACUAUCCCUUUAAGGGACCCCCAUAAAAACAAAAAAAUAAACUUAGGGGGGAAUUUUAAAAAAAAUGUUAAAGUUAAAAACGUAGUUUAGAAGUUUUUACAUUAAAAUUUUUUUCAUUAGUUAUUCGAAUCUUUGCUAUUAUUUAAACACUUAAUUUAUUAUAAUUAUCUCUGUGUUUACCGUUUUGCUAAAUAGUCAUGUUUAUUACAUAAUGGCAGGCAUUUAGGAGCAAAAAUGGUUUGAUAUCUCUGUUUAGCUGUAAAUAACAGUAGUAGUUCAAUUGGAUAUUUGUUGGGAAUGGUGGAUGCCACUUUCAUUCUCAUUCUUUCUCUCUUCUUCCUUCUUUUUGUAACACACAUACAUAAACACGCUCUACCCCAACUUCCACAACUUUCCAUUGAAUGGGUAUUGUUGGGGGAGGUUCACUCUGGUCUUAGCAGUACCCAGGUGGUGGUGAAGGAACUAAAGGCCAGCGCCAGCAUUCAGGACCAGAUGCAUUUCUUGGAAGAGGCUCGUCCAUACUGGACUCUCCAGCACCCGGCUUUAGUGCAAUGCCUCGCCCAAUGCACAGAGGUUACACCCUACUUACUGGUCAUGGAGUUCUGCCCUCUGGGUGAUGUUAAAGGCUACCUGCGCAGCUGCAGGGCAACAGAUUCCAUGAUCCCUGACCCCUUACUGCUUCAGAGAAUGGCAUGUGAGAUCACUUCAGGCUUGCUGCACCUUCACAAAAACAACUUCACCCACAGUGAUUUGGCUUUAAGAAAUUGCCUGCUUACAUCAGACAUAAACGUCAAGAUUGGAGAUUAUGGACUAUCACACAACAAGUACAAAGAAGACUACUUUGUGACAUCAGACCAGACUUGGAUUCCUUUACGCUGGAUUGCCCCUGAGCUGGUGGAUGAGGUUCAUGGUAACUUGCUGGCGGUGGACCAAACCAAGGAAAGCAAUGUCUGGUCACUUGGUGUAACGAUCUGGGAGCUGUUUGAGUUGGGGAAUCAGCCAUAUCUUCAUUAUUCAGACAGACAGGUUCUCAGCUAUGCUGUGAAGGACCAGCAACUGAAGCUGCCCAAGCCUCUAAUUAAGUACCCUCUUGCUGAACGCUGGUAUGAAGUAAUGCAGUUCUGUUGGCUUCAGCCUGACCAGAGGCCCACUGCAGAGGAAGUUCAUCUGCUGCUUAGUUACCUAUGUGCCAAAGGUGCCAGUGAGGCUGAAGAAGAAUUUGAGAGACGCUGGAACUCCUUGAGACCCAACACAAACCAAGCCAAUCUACACGGAGUCGGUGCACUUGGAAUUGGCAUGCCCGUGUCAUCCACCACUUCCUCAUUCCCUCUACUGGAGCAGUUUCCCUCAGGAGACGGCUACCACUCUGAGUCUGGAGAUGACAUCCUAACAGUUACUGAAACCAGCCAUGGCCUCAACUUUGAGUACAAGUGGGAGCAGGCCAGGGCUGAACAGCACUACCAUUCUUCAUCCACUACUGGCACUUUAGGUCAAGGUAAUCCCCAUUGUCAGGAGAUCUACUACCCUCCAGGAGGAAUGGUGGGUGACUGUGCAGUUGAAGGACUUCCCCUAGGGGUUUCUCCUUCAUACUAUGAGCCCAAGCAACUACACACCCCUGGUGUGGUACCAGUUUUGAGCGCUCAUAGUCCAUUUGUGAGUAAUGAGUAUUACAUCCGCAUUGAGGAGCCAGUGCAAAGCAAUAUUGACAUGAACUUCACCAUGUGUGCUUACAGUCCAGAGUUUGGGGAAGGCAGUGGAAUCUUUCUGACUGGUAGUGGAGACUCUAGGGAGUGUAUCAACUGUCCCUCUGAAGCCAAACCAGAAGACUUAUACUGGUCAGCGGAGGGCCAAAAAAGCAGUGCCUAUGAUUCAGACACCAGUCCUGCUAUGUCUCUAACUAUGGAGCCUCUUUUAGGCCAUGGAAGUCCUCUCAGGCCAUGGGAGUCUGGUCACUAUGUUUCAUACAAAGACAGAGAUAUAGGUUACUAUUAUGAGCCAUCACCUCCAAAGCGAAUGGACCACUACUUGAUUGGAGACUCAACAGAACUGCCACAAGAGAGCUGGGGGUCUCGAAGCCUGAGACAAGCACUUGGGGAACUGGAGGACCCUUUAGGGGUCUCGCCAUCACUUGGCAGUCCACCACAGGGUUAUGCUGAUCCUUACUUAGAGAACAUCCAAGGUUCCAUUAUAGGAAAGAAUGUCACAGGAGGGUACUAUGAUAUGAUGGGUUCCUUGAGGAAGACUAUGCCAGGCAACCACUCAGUUUGCAUCGACAUGGCGUCGGGUGGAGCUAUAUUUGUAGGGCAUAAUGACAGUGACUCUGAUGAAGAGGAAGACAUAUUUGUGGAAAGGCGUGGAAGGAGUUGGUCCACCAGCAAUCCAGCAAAUAACAACCCAAGGACCUUGUGUCAGAUGCAAGGAUCUUGUCUGCAGGAUUCUUAUGCAGACUUCCACUACACUAUGCCAAUGACGGAUGUUGAGGAUACAUGGCCAGAAGAGCAGAGCCUGCCAUACCACAUUUCUAAACCAGUCGACUGCUUAGAGGCAACAGUCAAAAGUAAUACUUGUUUGGUGCAUGGAAGACAUGUUUCUUCAAACCCUUCACCCGAGUGCAACUCGUAUAUAAAUAUAUGCCAUGAACCCAGAGAGGCUGAAGUAUACCCUGUGCCAUGUUGUCAGGCUUUGAGCAGUUCACAUUUUGUAGACCCUCUAACAGGGACACUUGUGAGGAACUGCUUCAUGAUCGACUGUAUUCCAGGGAAAAGCAUGGUGUUGCCACAAAAAGACCAACAUCUUGGCCAAGCACCUUUAUCUGCUGGACAUCUAGUGUCCAAAACAGAGACAUCAAGGGAAGGUGCAAAACUGUCUGAAGUAUCUGAGCAAUAUGUGGAUAUUAGAGUAGGGGACAUGAUCUCAAAACAAGAAAACACUCAACAAUCUCCAGCAGACCCUAAGACCGAAGUUCUUACCAUCGCCCCACAGUUGGAGAAAUCCCCAACUGAAUUACCCAAUUCAGAGCCAAAGUCAGAGUUGAGUAAGACGCUGGACAGUGGUGUGGAUCAUGGACGCUCUAGUAUCAGCCUGGUGGAGAUUGAUGACUGUAGCGAUGAUGAAAUCACUGACGUAACCUCAGGGAUUUUUUGUGACUUUACAGUGGAAGCAGACACUUUUGACUACACCAAUCCAACAUUCAAGUCAUUACAAAAGCAGGUUGGUACCCCAGACUCAAUGGACUCCAUUGACAUACCAUCCACAGCAUGUUCAAGUGAGACUCUGAGUCCUGCAUCCAUCCAUCCAUCAAGCUCUCCCAAGACUGUGGACAGCGGCUACGACACAGAAAACCAUGAAUCUCCAGAAUUUGUUCCAAAGGAACCCCAUGAGAUACAAGAUGCCAAAGCCUUCAUCCAGCCCUUGGGAAAGGUGACAUCUGGAACCAACUUUGUCAGCGAAGAACAAGAGGUUAAAAGGGCUGAAGCUGAGCAGAUAGAUCACAAUGUUGAUACUGUAAUGGCCUUGACAACAUCUGAGAGCAGUGAUGGGGAGUUUAAUGCACUGAGUGAUAAAACUCCAUACAGAGAUUCGGCCUACUUCUCUGACUAUGAUGCAGGGAAAGAUAAAGAAAGUGAAGAGGACAUCAAUGAACUUGAGGACCAGAAAGAGGGACCAGAAGAAAUUAUAGAUAAAGAAAACCUACAUCCUCCACAGGAGACAGAUGGAGAUGAAUAUCUUUUGUCAUCUACAAAGGAGAGUGAAAAAGCUCUCGAACAGGCUGAGGACAUAACUUCCAAAGUUCUUUCAAAGGUAGAAGAAGGAGUGUCGUCUUUUGACCAUGCCAUCUGUUAUGAAUGUCUCUCAGCUCCUGUUAACAAAGUAUCCACCAUAGAAAACCAUUUUGAUGGUGAAAAACUUGGGAUAGAUUCAGAUCACUCUGCAGAACUUGUACCAUUGGAAUCUCAAGUAUUUAAUUCAGAUGUAUCCCCAUGUCCCAACAUAAAUCAUGAGGAUUCUUUCAAGCAAGAACAUACCAGGAACAGUCCAUCUCUUGACACACUAACCUCUGAGGGUGAUGUUGCAGACAAUGUUGAGUCCAAUGGAGAGGAGAGUAUAAAUGAGCACGACAUAGUCAAAGAUGUGAGCUGUGCGAUUUUGUCCACAGAUGAACCAGUGCCUCAGCAGGAAACUUCAGAGGAGGUGUUAGUGCUUGGGCCAGAAAGCAACCAUUCUUCUGAUUCCUCCACACAUGAAAAUCUGGAAUCCAGGAAUAAAGACCCUGAAAAGGGAUGGCGUAAAAGAAGCUCCACACGUUCUUGCUCUCCUCCCCCUUUACUAGAAGGACGGAUGUCUCCCACGGAUGGGGAGGAGGCAGAUGAGGAAGAUGGUAACUCUGAGGACAGUGAUGAAUCGGAUGAGGAACUGCGCACGUACAGCAUUCGGGAGCAGAGCGAAGAAAGUGAGGACGAGAUCUUGCCUGUGCCUAUUAUUGUAAGUGACAGCAGUGAUGCACACAAACUCAGAAGCCUACUCAAGAUGCCAACUCUACUUAGCGAUUCACUGUCCGAUGAAAUGGACACCAAAAAGAAGGUGGUGUCCUUCUUUGAUGAUGUCACCGUCUUUCUGUUUGACCAGGAAAGCCCUACCAGGGAGCUGGCAGAUCACAGCUCUCCCCUUGGUGGAGAGUCAAGCAAACCAAGUGCAAAGGGCGAAGUGCCAAACCAGAAGGAAAAGGUCAAUGUCUCCGAUGACUCUUCAGAUGGAAACAUCUCAGAAGAGAGUGCAGGGCUUGAAUGGGAAGACGAUUUCCCCUUGUUGCCCCUUCCCACAUCUACCAAGGGUUCUCCUCCAGACAUCACUUCAAAGCCAAGCCUACUGACCAGCAGCACUAAACCUGUGGCACAGGUUUCCUCCCGUUUUACUGUGUCUCCAUCCAAUGUUUCACGAUUCUCCAUCACACAUGUGUCAGAUUCAGAUAUGGAUUCUGCAGGAGGGAGCAGUGAAGAUGGGGAAAGAGAGUAAAGCAUCAUACUGCCAAAUCACAGACCCAUUAUUUAUUUUAUUUUUAUUUUUAUUUAUUUUAACAAGAAGAACAAAGUGAGAAAGUUUGGAUCUCCUUAGAAACAGUGUUUGGAUUCAAUUGAAGAUGGUGCCUCUUAAUGUCAGCAAAUACUUAAGAGCAGCCCUUUUUCAAAGGGCCCCAGCUGACAAUACAUGUGGAAAUGACUUUUAAAGUCAAACAUUUAUAGAGUCAAAUCAGAUUCAAACAUUCUUACUUAAAAUCAAGCAUAUUUUAAAUGGAAGAGAGUUUGAAUGGAUUAGUUAUGGAGCUCCUGGAAUUACCUACUGUGACCGUUUACAACACAAAACAUCAGAUACUCUAUUUCUGGAAAGUGUUGAAACAACCCUGAAGUUACGAAUGCAUCAAAAAAUGGAUGAGAAGAUGGUCUUUGCAAAAUGUGUCAAAACACAACUGAACUGAUUUUUACUGUGAAGUAGCAAUACAGUAUUGUCAGUCUAGUAAAGAAAGAGGGAUUCUAAGAAGAAGGGGUAUUUCAUUGUUUUUAUGACUGAAAAUAAGUUAAUGACACACUGCUGCCUUGUGUUUGUCACCUACUGUACCUGAGAGUAGCAUAGUGUUGUGGUGACGUGGCAUUCUGAAACCAAUUGUAUCAUUUCAUUGAUUACAGUGGAAUUCUUUCUUGAUAUGAAAAUUUGUUGCAAGGCAUAUGUUUUUAUAUAAUUUGUGGUAUUUAUUUGGUGUUUUUUUAUUGUUUCAAUUGAAAUCAAUGUGCAUAUCAGGCAAAUCAUUUGAACAUUUUAGCUUUUUCUAUGGUUAGAGCAAAAACAUUUAGACAAAAAUCAUGUCCUGCUGAUUUAAAAGGAUAACAUUUUGGUUAUCAUCAGCUAAAUCCAUGACAUAAAAAUUUUUAAUUAAAUGAUAACCUUUUUGAAGUAGUGAUGUUAUGCAGUUUAAGUAGAAAAUCUCAAUAAAACUCUUAAUACUCAAACACUUUUGAGAAAAUAUCAAACAAAUAUAAUUGACAAGAUAUUAUUAUGUAAUGGGGCAGUUCAUGGUUUGACAUGUAUUAAUGAUGAGAUUGAUGUAUUUAUCAAUGAUGCUGUAAAUGCUUAUUAUGUUUUGAGGGAUGGAAGAGAGUUGUAUUAUGAUCAGGGUGUAAAUUAUAGACAUUACCUUAUAUUUAUUAUCUUUUAUAUUUCCUGGAAUGUUGAAGAACAAAGAUAAAUGCUCUUUAUCGUUGUAAGCUAUAUUGCUUAACAGACUGUCAUGCUGAGCUACUUUAUUGUUGGACUUUUCACCAAAAGGAACAAUUUCAACUGAACAAAAUGGACAUAUGAAGUAUUACUGUCAGAUAUUUAAUUCUUAUUCUCAUAUGUGGUUGGGAAACACCAUUAUCACACCUUUCACAACUCAGACAUGAUCAUGGAGGACUUGCUUGCAAAUGUGACUGAGAACAGUGUACAGUACGGAGGAACUCGAUGCUACCUGCACAAUUCUGUGCAUCCGACCCCAAGCCUGGCAGCCAGAGAGAAGCAGAAAUCUCGAUCCAAUUCUAUGUUUGUUUGCCUAUUAUGGCAUUAUUAUACUGUAUGUAAUUGUUUAGCUUAGAUCGAACUAGACAACAGUCUGUACUAUUUUUGUAUUUGAUUAAACAAUUUUAAACUACUGAAAGAUCAAAUGGGAACUCAGGAGGAAAGGGAAAUCUCUAUGUGUUUUCUGCCAAAGAAUUGUGUAAUGUGGCACAUAAAGGCCGGAUUGGCAUUCCAUAGAUGUUUUAAUUCAGAUGGGCAGAGUCACUGAUUUUCCUGGGUAUUGCUGCAGACAUUUGGCCGUUUGAGGGUUUUUGAAUUGCAGUAUUGUUAAGCGAGAGUGGUUGUAAGUCUGUUCCUCAAAUGUGUUACAAACUUAGUGCGAAAAAUAAAACAAUUCUGUUUUACCAU